CUUGUUUUCUUGCGGAGUGGCGCUCAGUGUGAUUGCCAGAGCUGCGCGGUGUCGUUUACUUCUUUAGUGUUAAGUGUGUUUAAGUGUUUCAAAAAAAAUUUUAAGAGAUAAAAAUGUGGAACAUCAUCUUAACCAUUUUCGUUACCGUCUUCUACGAAAUUCAAGGACAAUGCCUGACCGUACAAGAUCAUAAGAGCCCCCAAAUGAACGCCAAACAAAACCUCUACAGCGGCGAGCAAGAGUUUUCCUUGAACUUAUUAAGAGCUGUUAAUCAACUGGGGCCGAACGAUAAUCUUUUUUUCUCACCUUACUCCACUUACCACGCUUUGUUAUUGGCCUAUUUUAUAUCAGGGGGACAAACGGAGAGUUUUCUUAAGAAAACUUUGAGGUUAGAUUCCUCCAUGGAUAAAUCCGAUGUGAUGAACGCUUACAAAUUAGAUAAAUACAUCACUCAAUCGAUAGCAAAAUCAAAUAGUUCAUAUGAAUUUACAAACGCAAACCGAAUCUAUGUAGAUAAAGGUAUUGAAAUAAGAGACUGUAUCGAAGAUCUUUUCCGAGAAGAAUUUGAAAAGGCCAAUUUUGCAACAAACCCCGAAGGGGCUAGACUUACAAUAAACAAUUGGGUUUCACAACAAACUCAUAACAUGAUUAAAGAUUUACUUCCACCUGGGGUAAUCGAUCCCCAAACCAAUCUAGUUUUGGUCAAUGCGGGUUACUUUAAGGGCAGUUGGAAAUAUGAAUUUAAUGUUUCUAAUACUAAAGAAGAAGUAUUUUAUAUAACCCCGUCAAAACAAACAAUUGUUGAUAUGAUGUACAUGGAAGGUGUGCUUAGUCACGAUGUUUCAGACGUCUUGGAUGCGCAUAUUUUAGAAUUACCUUACAAAGGAGAAGAAAUUAGCAUGUACAUUUUACUCCCACCAUUCGUUAAAGAGGAUGGUGUUGAUAAUACUUUAAAAAAACUCACGCCAGAAAGAUUCCAACACAUGAUUAGGAAUCAUAACACGUUAUUAGGAAAAACUGUUUAUUUAUCUUUACCAAAGUUCAGUUUAGAAGAUACAAUCGAAAUGACACCGAUACUAGAAUCGUUGGGUGUGGGAAACUUGUUUCAUUCGGAUGCCGAUUUCUCGUUGUUGAGCAAUAAACAGAAGGUUUCUUUGGGAGCCGGAGUGCACAAAGCGCGGAUAGACGUCGAUGAAAAAGGUUCUGAAGCGGCGGCCGCCACUGCUUUGUUCACUUUUCGUAUGAUGACCGACGAAGCGGACGAUGAUGCCGUUAUAUUCAAAUGUAACAGACCGUUUAUUUUCUUGUUGUACAACAAAAAAACUAGUACGAUCAUGUUUAUUGGUAUCUAUAGGAAUCCGAAGUAAUCUUUUACAUUAUUUUUUAUGUAACGAUGUGUUUGUUGUACAUACUUUUUAAUUUGACUAAAAAAACUUCUUCUUUGACUUGCCAUAAAACUAAUAAUAAUUAAAAAGAAAAAUAACCAAUUGUGAUUAUUAAGUAAUGUAGAUUUCUUAAGUAAAUAAAAACUAACUAUGUUGUUAAAUUA